AUGUUCUAUUCGAUUUUCUUACUUGUUAUUGUUGUCUCCUCACAGACGACACCAUAUUGUGCCAAUGUAAUUGGAAAUUUGUGCGUGUCGUGUGUAGACGAUUAUAUUUUAUCUGAGGACCAAAAAUCGUGCACUUAUAAAAGAACGCUUGGCUGUGAGACGAUAAACAAUAAUAAAUGCACUUCAUGUUCAGAUGGCUACAAAUUUGAUUUUGACAACCAGAAGUGUGUAAUUGGUGAUGAGUACUGUUUGUCCACAAAACAGUUAGACAACAAUGACGUUGUGUGCACUUAUUGUAUGUCAGGAACAACACUUUUAGACAGCAAAAAGUGUGUCAAUUGCACAUCCGAAAACAAAGGCUGUUCACAAGCAUCUAAUAGUUGUUCUGACUGUGAUGUUUGUGAAUAUGGAUAUUACUUGGACAACACGACAUGUGUUCGAAUUCCAAAUUGUAAAGAAAACGAUCCUGAAAACGUCACAAAAUGCCAAACUUGUAUUGAUAUGUACAAUUACAGAGAUGACCAGUGCAUGUGGUGGAAUGUUCCAAAUUGUAUAAGUUAUAUCGAAAGAGGUGUUUGUGCCACAUGUGAAUAUGGGUAUACACAAGUCGGCACUGGUUGUAGAUAUGUUCCAUAUUGUACUCAAUUUGACAGCAACGGCUGCACUUCAUGUGCAAAGGGAUAUGGACUUAACAACAAAAAUUGCACAAAAUGUGAAAAGGCUCUAUGCACUUCUUGUUAUUCAGACUAUUCACAAUGUGAUGAAUGUGCAGAUGGAUACACCACUGUAAAUGGUCAAUGCAUGAAAUGCGAAGUAAAUGGGUGUAAAAAGUGUGUAUCAGAGAACCCAUAUAAAUGCUAUGAAUGCAACUCGGAUAACGGCUACAAACUGAUUGAAGACACAAAACAGUGUUAUAAAUGCCCAGACCAUUGCACUGAGUGUUCUGAUAUGAUCAAUUCAGUGCAUAUUUGUAGUGAAUGUGAAACUGGAUAUGCUGUAUUUGAUAUGAAAUGUGCUGCAUGUGGUGAAGGGUGUAUGACUUGUAGUGGUGUUGCACAAGAGCAGUGCAGUCUUUGUAAAUAUGGGUAUCACCUCGAUGGUGUUAACAAAAAGUGUUACAAAUGCGCUGAAAAUUGUUUAAGUUGUCAAGCGGAGAGUACUGAUGUCUGUGAAAUGUGUGCGCAAGGCUAUGCGAUAGACAAUGGCAAAUGUAGAAAAUGUGAUUCUAACUGUAUUUCUUGUGAUUCAUCGGACUAUUCUAAAUGUCUAACAUGUAAAGAUGGAUACGUUUUGGUUAGUGAUGAAUGCCAAACGUGUGAUGAAUCGUGUCAAACAUGCACUUCACCAAACGAUUACCGAGCCUGUGUCAAAUGUGCAAGUGGAUUUUACAAAGAUUCAUAUAAUGAGUGCAUCAAAUGCACAAAAGAAAAUUGCAAUGCUAUUAAUAAAGUUUCAAUUUAUAAUAUCGAAACCACUUGCAACAUCUGUUCUGACACAUGUGAUUACAAAAAACGAGACGAAAAUGGGUAUUCAUGUGGAGAGAUAUCGUUCUGUGACGUUUUUGAUACAACCAGAAAAGUGUGUGUUGAGUGCCAAAGGGGGUAUUAUCUAAAUGCAGAUUAUGAGUGCAAGAAGUGUUCAGAAGAGUGUUUGGAGUGUGUGAAUACCGAAAAGGAGUGUAAAGAGCAUUACAAAAAUGUUGAGAAUUGUGUGUUUUAUGAUGUCAAUCAUAAGUGCAAAACUUGUGAAAAUGAAUACAAAAUGGAAAAUGGUGUAUGCGUGAAAGUAGGAGAUUGUGUAACAAGGAAUGAUGAAGGAGUGUGCAUCGUUUGUGAGAAUCAGAAAAUUGUUGGUGAUGAUAACAAAUACCCAGCAGAAUAUAAUGGGACUUGUAGUCGAGAAGAACAUGUUGUUAACAGUUCUCAAAGUAUUUUCACAAUACUUCUAUUUGCCGUUUUCUUGAUUAUCUAA